AUGGAAAAUUCACCAGUUCCAUUGGCACAGAAGUUACUUGAAAAAGCUCGGCAAAGACAAAAAGAAAUAGAUGAAUGUGACUCACCAGUUGCAAUGCAUUCUUCAAAGUCAUACCCAGCCCCAGUCAAAGUAAAAGGAACUAGAGCACCAUCACCACCAAAAGAUGAGGGGAGAAAUGUAUUGACAUCUCUUAACUCUCCUAAGAAAAAUCGUUUUGCAGAAAUUGCUGAGGCAUACAACAACUUUGAAUAUAAACCUUCAAAUGCACUUAAAACUAAAGAAGAUUAUUUGGUUAGAUCGCCACGAAAAAAUUUUGAGUCAUCCACAUUUGUUUCUCCAAAAAAUGUGCAGAUUGUGAAAAAUCAAAAAGUCUUGAGAUUUUCUGAUAAGGAAGAAAAUAUACCCGAUGGUCCAUUACAUGAGUCAACUGCUAUUGAAGAUGAUGAAAAAAAGACAAAUGAUUUAAUUAACAGUAUCGAGCAGUCUUGUAAUGAUAAUCCUCCACCUGUACCAACUUCAAGUCCACCUCAUGAAAUAAAUGAAGAAAUUAAAAAUAUAUCGCCAAUAUCAGAUAACAGGAAAAAUUCAACAGGAUCAAGAUGUCAUGAGACGACUGUUAUUACAAAGAGAGUUAUUACAACAACAUCAACGACAGAGAUAAAGUACAUGGAUGAUGAUAGUGAAGAUAAGAAAAUUACUUCUGAGCAAUGUACUACUGUAAAUUCAGCUCCUUCCAUAACGAGGACAAAGGCAUUAGAUAUUGCAAGGAGAUUUGAUUCUGCUAUUGCUAAAACACCAACAACAUGUAAACAAGCAGCUGUUAAAUAUAUUGAUGGUAACGUUGCCGUCAAAUCCUUAAGGCCUGGAGCAUUGUCACCAACAUUAUUGUAUGGAAAUAGAGGCAAAGUUGACAUGAAAAAUUCGGAAGUUGUCGUACCAGAAACUAAAUCUGUUAAAAAUUUAAAAUCUAAGUGGGAAGCAAAUAUUUCCCUAGAGAACAAGACUGAAUCAGUCGCCAAAGACACUCCAAAAAGCAAUAUUAAACGUAUUUUCGAGGCUCCAUUUGAUCAGCCCGUUGGUGAAGGAGAAAGUCCAUGGAAGGAUAAGGUUGAUAUAGAAGGACCACCAUUAAAAUCCACAAAAACAAAUACAAGUUUGACGGCUAAUGAACUUAUUUCUGAUGAUUUCACAAAACAAGGAGAUUCUGACAAUGACGUAUAUAAAACACCAAAUCGUGAUUUCAAAUUUGAUUAUGGUGAAGGGUCAGCAGAUCGUUUAAUUAAUGAUGCAUUUGACUUUGUACAGUUUGAAAACUCAGCCAUACCAUCACCUUUCUCUGACUAUAGAACGCCACAUGGUAAUGAAGAACAUCGCAGUUUAAUGGAUGAUAUAAAUACAGAACUAAAUAGAUUUUGUACUCCACGUACUCAUCUAAGAAAUGAAAAAAUAGACAAAAAUGGUGCCUGUGAUCCAGCUGAUUCUCCUCAGCGUCAAUUGGUUCACAGUAUUUCUUUUUAUAGAAAAAAAGCAAAGGAAAUUGAAGAAGUUGUAAAGAACAAUAUAGACUCGUCAAAUUUGGAAACAAUGUCUUCAUCAGGUUGUAAUGGAAGUAAUAUAAGUUGUGGUAGUAAUGCAAAUGAAGGUGUUUGUGAAGAGUACAUUGAUAUUGAAGCAACCAAAAAAGAAUUAAAAGAAGGUAUUCGCGUUCAACAAUAUCAAAUUGCUCAGGCAUCAAGAGCUAUUUCAUAUUGUAGACAAAACAAUACUUUUAAAGGAAGUCGUGAAGAAGUCGAUGCUCAACGUGCACUUCUGAUAGCUAAUGAAAAGAGGAAAGCUUUAUCAUUAGAAUAUGAAAAAAUAAACAAAAAUGGAAUUCCAAGCACUUUUUCUAAAGAACCCAGAGGUACAUUAUCUAUAAUGAAUAUUGCUAUCAGACUUUCUCGUGAAUUCAUUAAUAUGUAUAUCAAUCAAAAAGCUGACUCAUAUUUAUAUUAUUUUAUUGCUUUGAUUAAAUUUGCCGAUAAAGUUUUACAUACACAACUAGUUUCUAGUGAUACUGGUGUUCAAAGUGGAUAUAUAGAAUUUCCAGCUUAUAUUAAUCUCAAGAAUCUUCCUAGUAACUUUGUAGUUACUUUAGAUAUUUUUAGUUUACGUACAAUGAGAGAGUCAAAACACACAAAGGAUAUUAAGAAUAAAAGUAAAACAUUGACACCAUUUAAAAAACUCACACAUUCAACUCCAUCAUCCAAUAAUCUUCCAAAUUUUACAUCACCUGGUGGUGUCGCUGGUGUUGUAGAUCCAAGUUUUCAAAAAGCUGGUACUUUGAAUUUCAGUCUUUCUCAAGUUAGUAGAAAGAACUUUAUGCUAAAUGAUGUUGUACAACCAUUGGAAGGAACGGUCAGUCUUAACAUGAAGUGUUUUGCAGAAAAGGGAUCUGGUAUUGAAUACAAAGGAUUUUUAAAUCUUUACCAAUGCAUUGGAGAUUUGUCGUCAUGGAACAGAUAUUGGUGUGUUCUUAAAGGUACCAAUCUUACAUUUUGGAAGUAUCCAGAGGAAGAAGAUAAAAAGUCACCAGCAAUAAUUAUUGACCUUGAGUCUGUUAAAGGUGAAGUUAAACAUACAAACGAUGAAAGUGCAUGCUUUCCAAAUACGAUGGAAAUGUUUGUGGAUGUAUUAGAUCAAAGUAAACUUUCAACACUUCGAAUCAUGUUUGCUGCAGAUACUUCUCCACAGAUGACAUCAUGGCUGACAAAUAUAAAUGAGUGCCUUAAGUUUAUCUCUCUUUGGAAUUGUAAAAAAUCACCAGUACUUGAUCGUUAA